ACGAUACGCGACGUCAUAUGUGUGCGACAGAUUUGGUUGUCUAAUGGCAGCCUUCUGUCACGCGUGUGAGUGUUGUUUUGAUUCUCAUGCGUAGCAUGGGUAAAAUACUGGAUGAUGUUGUGGAUAGCGGCGGAAUAGAAGUGAUUAUUCAAAAUGAAAGCGACAAAACAAUACCACGGUGUCCACAUGGGCCAGCUCUGUUGUUCGAGAAAACUGGCAAAGGAGGGGAGAAAGGAAGGAGAUUUUACGCGUGUUCUGCUUGUCGAGAUAGAAAAGACUGCAACUUCUUUCAGUGGGCAGACGAGAAGAUAUCAGAAGCAAGGAUGCUUGCCAGAGAGGAGCAGAACCGCUCCAAGAUGCCUCUUUUCACUCAUCAGGAAUACUGUUCUAGAUUUAGAGAAUUUGUGUCUCUGCCACUGGAGCAAAGAAGGUUCUGUGUGGACUGUCAGAUGUUGAUCUUACCUGGGGAAUGGGCGAAUCACGCGAAACACAAGGCUCUUUCUGAGGACAUCACAGUGCAGCGGUUAAAAAGGCCCAGUCUACUUCUGUGUCCUCUGGUCAACAAGAAGAGUAAUGCACAAUAUCUGUUUGCAGACCGAAGCUGUCAUUUCCUCUUGGAUAUGUUCCUUGUGUUAGGCUUCCAGAAAAUUCUCUGCGUAGGGACACCACGAUUACAUGAGGUGAUAAAGUUACGGAAUAUGGAGGGCAAGAGUCCAACCGUGAAGAGUUUAUUGCUGGAUAUUGAUUACAGGUACUGCCAGUUUUUUGGACAGAAUGAGUUCUGCCACUAUAAUAUGUUCAAUCAUCACUUCUUUGAUGAUGAGGAAGCGGUCACAUUUUUUCAAAGCUUUCUGCGUGAGGAGGGAGGAGCCAAGGUAGUCAUGGUUACAGACCCCCCAUUUGGAGGACUUGUGAAGCCACUAGCCAACAGUUUCUCUCAGAUGUCGAUGACCUGGAAAAAGCAGAAUAAAGUGAGCGAUGCAGCCGAGAUGCCAAUGAUCUGGAUCUUCCCAUACUUCUUUGAGUCCCGUAUCCUUGAGUGUUUUCCCUCUUUCUCUAUGCUGGAUUACCAGGUCGAUUAUGAUAACCACCCUCUAUAUAAACAUGGAAAGAAGGGCCGUAAGCAGUCACCUGUUCGACUUUUCACCAAUCUGAGCCCUAAAGAUAUCAUUUUACCAGUGGAUGAAGGUUACAGAUUUUGCAGUGUUUGUGAGAGGUAUGUGUCUGCAGGAAACAAACACUGCCCCAAGUGUGACACUUGUCCAUCAAAGGAUGGGCGAGAAUGGAGGCACUGCGAUCAAUGUGGGCGGUGUGUGAAGCCUUCUUGGCGCCAUUGUUCUUCAUGUGCUCACUGCGCUCUCCCUGAUCACCCUUGCGGUCAGAGCCAAACUGGCUGUUUCAACUGUGGCAGCCAUAAACACAAACUUAGAGCCUGCCCUAAGAAACACAAUAAACAAAUGCCUGUGGAAGGUGGUCGUGGAGCUCAAGGCCUGUCAAAACACAUUACAGGCAAACCCACAGCUAAGAACAAGAGGAAAAGAAAAGUUACAUGAUCUCCCACAGUGCAUUAUGGAAACAAUGGUUUUGAGGCUGCUGAGAAUUGCAUCACAAACACAAAGUGAGAUCACAAAGUGUGAAAACAUGAACUGGUGUUAAACCUACAUGUAUACAGUAAGGUUUUUGUGCAUCUACAGCCAGUUAUAUGUUUGCCAUUUUAUUUUCAUGCAUCUUGUCCUUGUCAUAAGCUUAUCCUACACUAGAAUGUUCCCAGUACAAUUAACACAUUGUGAACAAAACUCAUCAAAACGGUCUAGAUUAAUGAUUCAAAGAAGCUUUGUUCUAGCUUAUGUGGCUCAAACAAUGACUAUCUGUGGAUUAAACCUUUGAAUAUAAUUACUGUA